GAGAAAUCAAAAACGAAACAGUCAAGGUUACCACCUAAAUUACAGAAUGAACUAAACUAUUGUCCAUGGAAGUGUCUUUCUAAAUUAUACUUACAUAUAUAGGCCCUGAUUUUUACUUUAAUUACAUUUAUAUUUUGAAUCUUAUGCAACAAGCAAAUGAUGAAUUGAAACUUUUAUUUUUUUUUAUUUUUUUUUCCAAUUUAAUAUUACUUUGAUAAUUUGAAUAUAACUAGAUCCAUAGAAUAAGUUUCUUGCUACAUACGUACAAUUUGACGUAUUUUAAAUUUGUCUAACCUUAUUACAGAAUGUUAACAAGCAUUUGUAUUUAUUUGUAAAAUGUCAAAACGUUGGAGCAAUGAUUAUGUGGUUACGGAGCACCGUGACUUACAGGCUAAUACUAUGGCCAUAGAUGCAACUGGCAAUUAUGUUUUACUAGCUGGUCGUAGGUAUUUUGCCAUAAAACAGUUAGAUGAAUGCAAGGAAACUUUACGAAAGUUUCAACGACAAAGUAAAUAUGAAGUAGGUUCUGCAGAAUGGAAUCCCACACCAUUAAAUUGUCAUUUAUGUGCAAUAUCAAGUAAUACUCGUAUAGAAAUAUUAAGCCUUGCAGCAAAUAGUGGAUAUGAGCUACAAACUAUUUAUGGUCUUAAAGCACAUACCCGCGUAGUUAAUGAUAUAAAUUGGCAUCCAAAAGAACCUGACAUUAUCGCUUCUUGUAGUAUUGAUACUUUUAUACAUAUUUGGGACAUAAGAGAUCAACGAAGACCUUGUUUAUCUUUAUCAGCAGUUGCGGGAUCUUCACAAGUACGUUGGAAUGGUUUAUCACCUUACACAUUGGCUACUACUCAUGAUGGAGAUAUUAAAAUAUGGGAUCAACGUAAAGGAAACAGUCCUGUUCAAUAUAUAGCAGCUCAUUUAACAAAGAUACAUGGUUUGGAUUGGUGUCCAUUUAGUCAAACUCAAUUAGCAACAUCUAGUCAAGAUUGUACAGUUAAAAUUUUUGAUAUUGGCAAUCCAAAAAAAGCAGAGAAUAUCUUAACAACAAAUUCUCCUGUAUGGAGAGCGAGAUAUACACCUUUUGGAGAAGGAUUAGUAACGAUUGUAGUACCACAGUUAAGACGAGGAGAAAAUAGCCUUUUAUUAUGGAAUACAUCAAAUCUUAGCACACCUAUAUAUACUUUCGUAGGACAUACUGAUGUUGUCUUAGAGUUCCAAUGGCGACAUAAAAAAUUAGAGAACACUGACUAUGAAUUAAUUACAUGGUCAAAGGAUCAAUGUUUAAGGAUAUUUAAAAUUGAUCCUUUUUUAAAAAAGUUAUGUGGACAUGACAGUGACGAUAACGCGUCUGUUUUUUCCCAAUAUGGAAAAGAUAAUGCAUUAAGUUCUUUGCAAUCUAUUCAACAACUUCAAAUAAAUGAUGCGCAGAAUAACCAGGAAACGAAUUAUAUAGAAACAAAAGUUGAUGAUUCUACAUCGAGUACAGAAUUAAGUACAUUUUCUGAAAAUACAAAGGAUAUAUCAUCACCUACACAACCCAAGACAUUACAACAAGAAUUUUCUUUAAUAAACAUGAAUAUACCAAAUAUAGAGGUAAAUACUAUGGACGCAAGUGAACGAAGCUGUACUGUUACAGCAUGUAACACUAAUUAUAACGUAAUACUUAAAGUAAAUUUUCCUAGAAACUAUCCAUACAAUGCACAACCUACAUUCCAAUUUUGUCCUGGAACAAGCAUUGAUAAUGCAACAAUGGCAAAGUUAUUGAAAGUUUUAAAACAAACUGCUCAACAACGCGUCAGAAAAAAUCGGUCCUGUUUAGAACCAUGUCUUAGACAAUUGAUUAUAACGUUGGAACAAAUAUGCAAAAAAGAUGAAAAUGAGACCAAUCAUCUAGAUUAUUAUAUACAAGAUAAUGCAAAUUUUUUAAAUUCUUCUAAUAUGUGUACUAGUUAUCAAGAUGCAUAUAUACCAUUUCCUCGAACAUCUGGUGCCAAAUUUUGUUGUGUGGGUAUACUUGUAUGUUUUGGUCGUUCUUCAUAUCCAAGAAGAUCUUCAAUAAAACCUGAAAGCAUAACACCUAGAGCACUAUCCGCUUUAGGAAGUGGAAUCAAUAAUGGAGAACAUUUUAUGAACAUGUAUCCAAAUACUUAUGUGCCAUCUAAUGAUGGUAUAUCGAUCAGUUCUUUCUAUUUUCAAGAUCGUAAAAACAUAAGACGUAAUUUACAUGGUACAAAUAGAAUACAUGAUAGACCAUGUUGUAAAAAUUAUCGUUCAUUGGUUACAAUUUACGAAGCUUCAUCUCUAUUUUUUGUUAGUAAAGAACUUGCAGAAAAAUAUAUUAUUAAUAUUACAGACAUUCCAGCUAUGUGUCAGUAUAAUGCAAAUGUUGCUGCUACAUUGGAAAGAACUGACUUAGUACAAGCUUGGUGUUUAGCUGCACUUGUUAUAUCACAAUCUUCUUCCAAUAUAGGACAAAACUUAUUUCAAACAUCAGAUAAUGAUCUUGCUCCGUGGGCUUUACAUCCAUUUGGACAAAAUUUAAUUCAUUCUUUAAUUCAGCAUUAUGCUAAUCAAUCUGACAUACAAAUGGCUGGUAUGUUGAGCUGUGCAUUUAGUUAUCGAUCUGAAAAUGUAGAUGCUACACAAACACGAAUAGUUAGCAAAUCUGUUAAUGUCAGUCCUGGCGGUUCUCCAUAUCAUACAAUUCAUCUAGCAGAUACAACAUUAGAAGGAUGUAAUUUUCCAAAUUUAAAACCACAUAGGUCCAAUUCAUGGUCUGAAUCUCUAGAUGAUUUAAAAAUUGUGCAAGAUACAUUUGGAGAUUCUGUUAAAAAUAUUAACAGAGUACUUGAUGAAAAAUAUACAGCACUUUAUAAUGGAUACAAAAAAGCGUAUGCGGAGGUACUACAUAGAUGGCAAUUGUUAGAUGCAAGAGCACAAGUGCUGAAGCAUGUAAGCAUAAUGCCAGUUGAUAUACAUAAAGGUGUUGAAUUCCAAAGUGAAUGUCAAAUCUGUGGUAAAGUUUGCAGAGGCCCUCAAUGCUUAAACUGUAAACGAUUAACAUUUCAAUGUGUAGUCUGUCAUAUUUCAGUUAGAGGACCAAGCAACUUUUGCAUUCUUUGUGGUCAUGGUGGACAUACUCAACAUUUAGCAGCCUGGUUUAUUAAUGAAACAGUUUGCCCAGCAGGCUGUGGGUGUUGUUGUUUGCAAGAAAGUUCUAUACUAUUAAAAAUGUAAAUAACAUGAAGAAACAAAAUUGUAUAUACCAAUGACAAACAAUAGUUAUUAUGAUAAAAUAAUAUUUUUUAAGAAAAAAGAGAAAUUUAUUAACUACCUGUUACAAAGAGUUGUGCAAAUUUAUUAAUAUAAACAUAAUCUAUUUGUAACCUUAUUUCUUGAAUUAUAUAAUGACAGAUUUAA